AGUAGCCAGCAGACAGCUGCUACUAUUCAUCAGGCUGUUGUUCCUUGUUCCUUUGUGGUGUUUCUUCCGAAUCUGAGUGCGGAGUUUAUGCUGCUGUUUCCUUCAAGAACAUCAGGAAAAUCUUCUCUGUGUGUCAGCUACAAACAGGGGUCACCUGAAAUAGGAAUGAUCUAUUUCAUGGUCAUCUCUGUGUCUGUAGAUGCCUGAGGUGUCCAGCACUUGAGCUACUUCUGUCAAUCUGGAUUGUCUACCCUCUCCUUUUUGCCUCAUCAGAGAGGUGAUCAGUCUAAAAGUGAGGUGCAGCAUGGUUCAUCAUCUGGGACAUUCCAGCUAGCUCUUGAGGCUUACCUGUCCUUUUCUAAGAACUUUUACACAUUGGGCUGAGCAGUGAUGGGUGACUGGACCUUCUUAGGAAAUGUUCUCGAUAAAGUUCAACAGUACUCAACAAUGGUGGGAAAGGUCUGGCUGACUGUUUUAUUCAUUUUCCGUAUCCUAGUCUUAGGCACAGCAGCUGAGUCUUCCUGGGGCGAUGAGCGGACUGACUUUCUAUGCGACACCCUUCAGCCUGGCUGCACAAACGUUUGCUAUGAUAAGAUGUUCCCAAUCUCCCACAUCCGUUAUUGGGUUCUCCAGUUUAUAUUUGUUUCCACCCCCUCACUCAUCUACAUGGUACAUGCUUUACAUUUGGUUCAUAUGGAGCAAAAGAAGAUGCAGAAUGAAGACAGUGAAAGAUCUCCGCCAAGGCAUAAGGAGUAUCCUGAAGAAACAGAAGAACCUAUUGUGAAGAUUCCAUUGAAGGGAGCUUUACUCAAAACAUAUGUGUUUAGUAUCAUCAUAAGAACCAUCAUUGAAGUGGCCUUCAUUUUGGGCCAGUAUUACUUGUAUGGAAUAUUACUUAAAGUGCUUUAUGUCUGCCAAUCCUCACCUUGCCCAAAUGCUGUCAACUGCUACAUAUCCAGGCCUACUGAGAAGAAUGUAUUCAUUGUGUUUAUGCUUGUUGUUGCUGCACUGUCACUUUUGUUGAGUUUACUCGAACUUUACCAUCUUGGCUGGAAGAAAGUGAAAGAAUGUUUACAGAGCUAUAAAGUGCCGCCCUCACAAGAUGAUGCUAUCCCUGCCACCAGUGAAGGCCAGGUUAAAAUCGCACGGGCCUGCACACCACCACCAGACUUUGAUCAAUGCCUUGUGCAACCAACUUCUCAUUGUCAGGCAUUCAGUGACAAGAUGGCUCACCAGCAAAACUCAGUCAAUCUGGCAACAGAGCUUCAUAGAAGCAGUGAUAACCUGGGUCAGGAAGAUUUUCUGCGCAUAAAUUAUAUGCAAGGCUGUAAUGAAUCUAAUGCAGCACCCACUGUAUAUAUUGACAGCUUUUUAAAGGGAAAGUGCAGACUCAGUAAGGCAAGUGGAUCCAGUAAUAGAGUAAGAACAGAUGACUUAACUGUAUGAAAAAAUAAUACUGCUGCUAUGAAAAUGAACCAUCUUUAAACAGGGUGACCAUAUUUGAGUGGUAGAUGCCUUCCUCCUUAUAAUAUGUGGAAUAUUCCCAUGAAAUUGUAUUCCCCCAGUUUCUUGCAUGUGAUCCUGUCCAAACUAUUUUGUAAGCGCCCACCUUAUUAUGCACCAUAUGACCCUUCAGUUCAAGGUCUGUGAAGAUCUCACAAGGUACACUUGCUUUGAGCAAGUCUGACAGAUGCUGAAGAUGACUGAUCACUCUACAUUUGUGAACUUCAGCAAGACAAUGGUCCAACAGCAUCGAUCCAGCAUGUCGGACACAACCAUCCAGCUGGGGUUUUCAUAUUCAACAAGAUCUAAGGUGCAUAGAGGGUAGACCUUCAAAAAAACAACAUCCAGUGACCAGAAAUACAUGUAAGAAUAGAGAAGCAGGGAAACUGGGAAUAAUAAUGCAGGUUAAUACUCUAAGAAACUACAAUGGGAUUCAGAAUGACACAUCUCAAACUCAUCUUGUUGCAUCCUGUCCUGGGUGGAAUAUAGUAGCAGUUAUCCCACUGGGACCUGCUCUUAUUGGGACUAUCAGCAACAGGUUGGAAGUUCACUCCUCCUGGACAAUUGUGAUAUGGAAAAACAUCACAUUGUCCAAUAAAUUCUGGUUCCACUUAUCACAGCAUGAAGCAAUCAAUCCAUUUUUGCUCUGCUAACACUGCAGGCCGGUGGUGGUGACAUAAUAGUUUGGUCAGAGGAUAUACUGUAGAAAAGCCUCUCUGUUGUCCUCCAAAAUUGUUGGUGACUAGGUACAAUGCUAUGUGGCAAUCAUUUAUUAUUCUGUUUUUGACUACUACUAGUAUGCGUAUGUACCAUGUCAUCAGGUAUAUAUAACAUGAGAAUGCUUCCAGGAAUGUGAGAAGAACUUUAGAGCAAUAAUCUGCUACAGUCCAGUCUUUAGAAACUGAAAUACAAUCACUUGCCAAUGGGUCAAUUGUCCAAUUUAUUUUAAAGUUUAUGUCUCAUCGAAUUCUGACUUUAAUGUGAACUGAAAGGGGAGUUAUUUUAUAUAAUGAAGUACUCAGUGUGGAUAUGUAAUGAUGAUAUACUGUAAAUAGGAGAGAAUACAGUAUAUACAUUAUAAAUGUAUCAAUCAAUGUGUUAAGGUCAUACACAGGAACUUAUACUGAGUAUCAUGUUUCACACUCAGACACUUAUCAAAGCAAAGUUCAGGUUGUAAAUUGCACAUCCAGUAACUUCUUUCUUAAGCACAACAACACCAACUUUUACAGCUCUUUAUGUUUAGGCAAAAGUGAUUCUUUUUUGUAACAAUAUAGAAAGCAAAGAAUGUCAAUAAUUACUUGGAAUAAAGCAGAACUAUCAUUGUGAAACUGA